AUGGAGAAGUUCAGCCAGUUUCGUGACAAGGGCUCCGGCAUCUCGCCCUUCAUGCCCAUCAAGACGCCCGUGUCGCCUCUCAGCUACGCCCUCCACACGUCGCUGUUCCUCCUGCGCCUGCCGCUCUUCCUGACCCUGACGGCCACCUACUUUCUCUUCCUCCACCACCUACCCCUGCCCGUCGUCGUCCGCAAGGCCCUGCUCUGGUCCCUCAUGGCCAUCCCCGGCCUGUGGUGGAUCGACCUGCAGCUCGACGGCGUGCGCCGCGGCACCCUCGCCGACCAGCCGCCCAACCGCUUCCCCCACCCGGCCUCCGUCAUCGCCUCGACCCUGACCUCGCCCAUCGACGCCCUCUACCUCGCCGCCAUCUUCGACCCCAUCUUCACGCGCGCCUAUCCCUCGACCCGCAAGCUCGAGCGCGUCUCCCUGCUGUCCGCCGUCGCCGCCGCCCUCGGCCCCGUCCGCCAGAGCCCGCCCCCCGGCGCCACCCUCUACGACCUCGACGCCCUGCUCGCCGCCCACCCGACCCGCGUCGUCGCCGUCUUCCCCGAGGCCGCCACCACCAACGGCAAGGCCGUCCUGCCCCUGGCCCCCGCCCUGCUCGCCGCCCCCGCCGACACGGACAUCUUCCCCGUCAGCCUGCGCUACACCCCCGGCGACGUCACCACCCCCGUGCCCGGCCGCUGGCUCCCCUUUCUCUGGGCCCUCCUGUCGCGUCCCACCAUCUGCAUCCGCGUCCGCGUCGCCGAGGCCGUGCGCAACGCCUCCCGCGCCCAGACCAACGGCGCCUUACGCAUCGCACGACGAGAGCAACGACGUCACGAGACGCCGCGCAGGUGCCGGUGCCGGUGCCGGUGCCGGUGCCGACGUCACCAUGGAGGAGCA